AUGUCGGACCUCAAGAGUCUAUUCCCGACGGUGACAGUGUUUAUCGCAUUUAUAAUCACCAUCCUAUGUCUCUUCGCAGGGACGCAGAGAAACUUCCUCUAUGAUGUGGAUAUAUUGACACUUCGCACACCUACGGGCAGCAUCGGCAUUGGAGUCCACGAUUUCUAUUCCAUCCACAUCUUGUCUCACUGCCAAGGAACAUUGGGAACGACCGAGACCGGUGUAGAAAUCUCACGCAACGUGACCAAAUGCUCGAACCGCACGCUUCUAUCCCCCUUUGACCCGACAGAGGCCUGGGCGAAGGAUAUCACCAGCUGGGGACUGGAGUGGCCGCGCGUGAUCAGCGAUGACUUCCACGCUUUAAGACUGACAAGCAAAGUCAUGGGCGUCCUGUACUGUAUGGGGAUUGGAGCAAUGGGUGCUGCCAUUCUCGUACGUGCAUGGACAGGUCUCGCUCCACGACCAGGCCAGGGCCCGUGUGAAUUUUUGUUUUUCAUACUCGGAUCCAUCACCAUCAGCAUCGCAUCCAUAAUCGCAACUGUCAUCGCAUUUGAAUUCGUCGCUUUGAUUAAUGCUCACGGCAAGGGCUCGAACGUGUCAGCCCAUUACGGAGAGAAAUUUCUCGGGAUGACUUGGGCCGCGGUGGGGCUGUUAUUCACCGGUAGCGUUGGUUGUUUUGUGAAUGUCUUUAUUCACGAACGGACUGCGUAUGCGCCUGCGCCCGUCGAAAAGGAUAUAGAGGGGUAA